UUAUAAUUUCAGUUUUAUCUGAUUAUUAUUAGUUUCACUUUUUUGUCAUGUUGUUUCCUCCUAAAAUGUUCCGUGUUUACAUAUUACUAUCAGAUUUUAUAUGUAAUAAUAUUUACAUUUUAUUGUUUGGUAUUCAAUCUGGUAUUAAAUUACACAGCUACUUUGUGGUCAUUGUUUGACAAAAACAAAAACAGAUCCUGUACAGGAGGAACUGAUAUGUAUUAUAAGGCUAAAGGCAUCUACUAUAAUAUGUUUAUAAAAUUGGAUGACUUAUGGUAAGUGACACCAGUUAGUUAUAAGAUAGAUAGAUAUUUAUUUGUUUGAGUGCUUUUCAUUUGAAUAGGAUUAGUAUGUGUAUAAAUGAUAAAUUAAUUUGACACUUUUACUGAGUGCAUAUCCUGUAAAUCCCUUAUUGUAUCAAUAUUCCAUAUUUCUUCAGAUUAUUAUGAAGACUGCCUAUAGUAGCUUGAUCAGUAUGGUUUGAUAUUUUUAAUUGUGCACUGUUAUGUAUAUUAUCGGAAAAUAUUAAUUUAUUUUUGAAUUAUUGAAACGUGUGUGCGCACGCGCGCGCUCAUAGUUAUGACGUCAUUUGCGGACGAGGUUUGAGAGCGCGCUGAACUGGGCGUCAUGGCAGAGACAAGUCUGGGUGCAUCCAGUGCAUUGAAGACGGUCCUCAGAAGUGCGGCGGCCGGCUUCGUGUUUGGAGAAGCGGCUCUGUUUGCAGUUGGACCCAGUCUGACUGAAGAUGGCGCCCUGCAAACCGCUGCAGUCCUGGCAGCUGCUCAGACUGGUUCCACAGGUGUUGGGGUGGUGACGGCGUGCCUCGUGUUCACGUCCGUACUCAUAUCUCUUGGAAAUGGCUUCAUUAUUUCUGCCCUGGUGAUGUCGCUGUGGGCCAGAGCUGGGCUGAGGGUGCCGUGGUUAACGGACAUCACAGCAGGAGUCUUUGUUGUGCUGGGUGCUGUCUCUACAGGAGUGCUGGCAGGACUUCUUCCAACAUGGAUCUACAUCGCAGCUGAAAUCACUCUGGUCCUUUUUGUCUACUCUCAAUCUAAUAUAAACGACAUGACCACCGCUCUGUUAAUCAUCUUCACCACUCUGUAUAUCACUGUAGUGUAUGGACGGAUGGGGGCUAUUUUGGGGUUUCUCUGCAUCGGACUCUCCAUUUUUGUCCUCUUUUAUCUUCGAAGGACUCUGACACAGAGUGGGAGCCAAAGACCAAAAACUGAAUGUAAAUUGCUGGAGAGGAUUUUCUUCUACUCUGUUUUUGUGGGGAUUCUUGGUUUCUUCGUCGGCCUGGGUGCAGGUGAAACAGACGAGGGGUCCAAGGCAGAGGUUGCUUUGAUGCUGCAGUCAGUCGUCUGGGUGGCGUUUCUUUCUGCAGGGCUGCUUGGCGCCGGUCUGGGAACUGUGGGAAUGGUCGGACUGGGGCAAGAGGGGGCUGGAAGAGCAACUCUGGGUGCGGCUGUGACACUGCCAGCGGCCUUAGGAGCCAUUUUGCUGUGGAGCUCCUCUCUAGGGGUUCGGAGCUGCACAGGAGGAACACUUGGGGCGACUGCAGCUGCUGGCGUGUCACUUGGAGCAGCGAGUGUGGCAGCAAAACACAUGUUUGACUCUAGAAACUCAACUUUAUCAGUUUUAGGUUCGGUGGCUGUCGGCGUAUUUGUAGCCGUGAAGGCCGUGCCUUUUAAACCAACGCUGCUGACGAUGCCAGAACUCUUCACAGUCGUCCUUGUCGCAGUGGGGGCGUUUGUUUUGGGUGCACCAAAGAGUCCAUUCAACACUCCAGUGAAUCUGCGGCAGGGCCUUCUCACGGGGACGGAGCUAAUUAAAGGAAUUGGCAUGGAGACCGUCACCGCAGCAGCAGCACCUAUUGGCGCCGGGGCACUCGGGGCCGCGGCGUUAGGCACCGCGGCUCUGGGGAGACUGGGGACUGUGGGAGUUCUGGUGGCGAUACUGCUGGCUCUUGGAAGUGCUUUAAGUGGUUGGAUUGGAAAAUCACCAACAACAAAUCAACACAGAGACUGAGUUUCCAUCUGUCUGUCCUGCUGGUCAUGUAGGAAGUAUACAGGAAAUCUCACAAAAUGUAUAAAUGAAACUUAGACUUGAUUGAAUGUGAAAAUAUGAGAGGAUAUAACAAUGUGAUGUCCCAGAAAUGCAUAAAAACUGAAGUGUUUGUGGCUAAGAUUUUUGUUAAAAAAUAAUUUUAAGCUUUUUUAUCUGAGAAUGUGAUGGAUUCACCCACUGAAACUCUCAUGCCUUGACAGUCGUCUUGAAAUCAUGAAAUAAAAUUGUU